AUGUCCACCGCAUCUCCGGGUUUGGAGACAUGCAUACUGGUAUUUAUAAAGAUACUGCUGUUCUUCGCAUGUCGGGGCUAUUUACUUCGGAACCUCUACCAUGACCUCCAGGACUUGUCUGCCCAGCAAACAGUGGAGCCUGGCUCACCACCAUGUUCGGACGAUGCAAACCUUGAGCUUACGACAUUACCGGGACCUUCUACAGCAGUAGUUGCGGUUGCGUCGGGACGACCGCUGCAUUCCACGCUGUCCAGGAGCCUGUUCUCCCUAUGUUUCUCCGAGAUUUGCACAUUGUUCCUACUGCUGAUGUGCCAGGGAAUUGAUCUACUUGACCCUGGGGUCCGUCUGAUCAAUUGGAAAGUAUCAUUAUGGCUGCUUCUUGCGACAAUACUAGUCUUCAUCCCUCUAUCAUAUAGUCUCGUGCUCAGUGGGGGCCCUUCUGGAAAGGGUACACAGCCACGGCAGAGACCCUCUGUACUCCGUGCACUCCUCAACAUCCUAUCUGUCGGAUUAUUCUUGUUCUUGCUUUCUUUCAUACCUCUCCCAUCAUCGUUGCCAACCUCUGAUUUUAUGGGCACUACUCUGUCUCGACUGACCGUGCUUGGGACAAUUAUUCUCGGCGCACUUUCUGGUUUUGGAGCUGUCAACACAGCAUGGAACUUCUUUCCUCCUUUCUACGGGACCCUGAGAAGUCAUCCCACAGAAGGUGACAUCGCAGCCGCUGAACAAGGGUUGCAGCGCGUACGGAGGGAAUUAGCGCAGCGCCAGUCAGAUAUCCAGAAACUACAAGCUGCACAGCAGCCCAACCAGGAAGCCAGCUGGUUUUCUCAUGUUGUACCCUUCCGCGGUGAUAGUCAAAUGUCCUCUGCAAUGCAGGAGAUGAGUGGUCUUGAGUCCCUUGAAUACCAGAUGUCCCGGAAUCUGGAGGCCCUUAGACAGCGCCAAGCAGAUGCCAACUUUUCUCGUACCAUCUCAGGAAAGCUGUUUAAUUGGGGUGGCCGCAUAUUUGCGAUCUACUGCGUGUAUCGCAUUCUAAACGCCAUUGUGAAUUUGAUCAUUCCGCGAACAGCUGCAAUACCAUCGUCUCCCAAAGAACCCGUCUCGACAAGCGUCGACAUGAUGAGCACUGCGAUUGCUCACCUUCUCUCGCUCUUGCCAUCCGUCGAGAUCAGCACCAAGGACAUCGCCCUUAUAUCUCGUCAGAUCAGCCUGGGCCUCGUUGGUGUAAUUAUUCUUAGCAGCAUACGCCUGGUGUUGCGGGGUGUCGCCCGAGCGCUGCGGGUGACCAGCAGGAAUCUGGGUGCUUCGCUGAUGUUGUUGAUGCUUGCCCAGCUGAUGGGCAUCUAUCUUCUCUCGACCCUCAUCCAACUGCGCACGUCGUUCCCGCCACCUCCAGCUCGACCAGACACGGAGGUGGACCAGGGCACUGUCAACCUCUUCUCAACACUUCCUGAAUAUCAGCUCUUUGGCUCACUCUUCGACGGCUCGUUCCUGCUGGCUGCCGGAGUUAGUGGGGUGGGCCGCUGGUUCGGCGACCGCAUCAAUGGUGUCGGUGCAGAUUGA